AUGAUCCAGGCUGUGUUGGAUAAGGAGAACCCACGAGAGGAGGCUGCUGCGCACAGCACAGGAGACGUGACGCAAACCACAGAAAAAAGGGCUCGUCUGUCUACAGCAGAGGAGGAGGAGGAGAGGGGGCAACCACCCUCGUUGUCUGAUAUGUUCAACGAGAUCAUGGAAGAGAAUACUACCCCAAAUAGGCUGGUGACAAGCUCAACCGCUCAACAGUUAGAUGAUUAUCUCUCAGAAGUACCCAUCCCCAGAAGCGAGAACCCUCUUGGAUACUGGAGAAACAAACAAGACCGCUUUCCUGACCUGGCCAAGGUGGCACGCAAGUAUUUGAGUGCUCCAUGCACAAGCACUGACAGCGAGAGACUGUUCAGCGCUGCCUCUCAUGUGCUUGAUGAGAAGAGGAACAGACUCAUGGCUGAUAAAGCAGAGAAGCUACUGUUCAUUAAAAAGAACCUCCCACGUUUCCUUAAUAAGUAGACAAGGCUGGCUUAUCAUAGGCUUAUC